AUGACUCAGGCCUGUGGAAUAUGGGGUUGUCCUGCUGCAGCAAACUCAAGUGCCACAUCGUCAUUUUGCACUUCCGGCUGGAUCACGCAAAUACACAAGCAAAUGGAUCUCAGCCCCCAAAUACCUGUCAUGAGUGAGGCAGAAAAGACAUCUCUUCUUCAAGAAGUCGCACGGAUGCAGGACGAGAUUGCGAAGCUCACUGACAAGAUCGCUACUUUACAGGCAGAAAACGAGCGACUUCUUCGAGAGCUCCAUCCGACCCAGGACGAGUUCUCAGACGACGGAGCGACACAUGUGGGCGAUGAUACGGUGAUCAAGAAAGACCUGGUCAUGAAAGUGGAAGGAGAGCAGCCGACUUCCGCCACAGGCAGCCUUCGGGCUCAGUUCACCCCCGAACUUCCUCCGGAAAUAUGGAACUGCAUUUUUCAACGAUCGAUCCCCCCGAGCUGGCUCUUAGAUCCUUCGUUAUCUCUCGGUCCUUCUUCCUCUUGGUCUGCAGCACUACGACUCAAGAAGAGCAUAGUCGCAGUUUCCAAAGCCUGGUACGACAUGGGGCUUCCAUUUCUCUACGAAGACAUCUGCAUUCGCCGUGUUCAGCAAUUCAAGACGCUGCAUACGACCAUUUCGCGUUCUCCCACAAAAUUUACCUCGCUGGUCAAGACCUUGAACGUUAUUUGCUUUGUCCCGGAAGUGUUCCAGGACAACUUUACGAAGCAGCUCGUGGCAUUCUUUUCGAUUUGCCCUCGAAUAUCGGCGGUUGCAUUCGCCUCCUUCGCGGUGCUUCCGGUUAAGGUAGAUAUCGCAGUGCUGCCUUCGUCUGUCACCCGACUGCGGCUGGCAGGUUUGCCCAACUGCGAACGGCUGGUUGACGCCUUGAAGCAAUCCCAUCAGAACUUAAGUUCUCUAUGGCUUUGCCUCCCCUCCCUCGACUCCAUCCCCGUACUCGGCUCGAAGGUGGCUAUGCCUCGCCUGGAUUCCCUGAUCCUGGAGCACAAUAAAGCGGGCGAACGUGGGGGAGUAAGAUUCGCCUUUCUUACUCGUCAUUUUGAAUUUCCAAAGCUCUCAAAAUGCACGAUCUAUCAGACUUCCGAAAUCAAAGCAAGCGACGAAGGAUUAGCAACUACAAUUGUUGCCUUUUUAUCCAAGCACGGCGUUAACCUCAAAUACCUGAAUUUUCACCAUACUAUGCUGCGCCUUCUCCCUCCUGGUUUCGCCUCCAACCUGCAUCGUCUAUCGCGGUAUUGUCCCCAUCUCGAACAUCUCAAUAUGCCGAUAUCUAUAAUCACCUCCAACGCAAAUUGGCUAGGCUCUUUUGCUCAUCCUACCCUCAAAUGGAUUGACUUGAGCCAUCCUCCCCUCUUAACCGCUCGCGACAGCUUGUCGACGAUCACGCUCUUACACCGCAACAUACCUGCUCUCGAUGGCGUACGCAUGUUAUCGGAUCUUCCCAUGGUCGCACACGAAUGGCUGCAACGCUUCCCUCCCGACUCGGUACGAAUUCCGACGCAAGCCUUCGCGAUAGACUUCGCCCCAAAUCAGCUCCUACAUGGCACAAACUACGUGUACUGGCAACGCCCGCAGUGGAGCGCAGCUGGGUGGACCUGUGACGAUGGCUUCACCGCCAAUCUCCGUGACCUCGAUUGGCCGGACGUGCGGUGCGAACGGCGCGAGGACGGGUUUGAGAUCAUCAUCGGUGGCCCGAGUAGCUCGCGGGACGACCAGUCGGAUUCGUCAGACAAGUCGUAUAUUGACGAAUCGGACUCGAGCGAAAGCUCAAAUGAAUCGGGGUUGGAUGGAGAUGAGGACUCAGAGGAGGACGAUCGGCGUGAAGGGAUCAGGACACUCGAUGAUGCUGAAAUGGAUCUUGCGCUGGAGUUGCUGGCUGUAGAUAGCUCCUAA